AUGUGGCCAGAGUUUGGCUACAUUUUGAAGGGGAUACACACGGUGAAGGAACUACAGGUGCUUAUGGGCGACGCCGAGAAACAUAACGUGUUUAUCAUACAAUCCAAUAUUGAAGACUCACCAGGGUUUAUUCAUGAUGAGAAGGUUCAGGCAUACAUUGAUAAAGCACUCCUUCCUAUGGUUAAUGGACUUAAAGGCAAGAAAGCAUUAGCCGCUUGGAACAUACAAAAUGAACCUGAAGAGAAUCUAAUUGUAGUAUUAAUCGCAUACCUUUCCUGUGGAUCCGACGCCUACCUACAGGUGAAGGGAAAGGAGUUCUACUAUAACGGACAGAAG